CGUCAUGGGCACGUUGUCUCCUUCUCCAACCGAGCCCCAAUUACAUACAUUGGAUAUGUUUGAUUUAAUAUCCCGCUCGUUCUGCUCGGAAACCAUAAAAAAUCAACUGAAAUCACUAAACGUUCGCAAUGCGGAGAUCAGAAUAAUCCUUCCGCAACACCCUGAAAUCCAUAUCAGUGUAGGCUCUAUGUCCGCGGUCCUUGAACGUUCUGCAGCUAAUGUAAGGAUUAUUGAUAGAAGUCGAGAGAACUCGGAUGAAAAAACGUUUGAUAUUACUUCUGGAUGCUUGAAUUUCACAGAGAGGGACUAUCUACUUCAUUUCGAGGAUGUUAUUAUUAAUCCAAGAAUCAAUGUUUCUUGCCAUACUUGGGAUGAAAGGUUUAAUGCUGAAAAUUUGCUAAAUGGCUUCAUUAUUCAAGAAUUGGAUUGCCAGUUCCACACGUGGAACAAAGACCUCCAAACCGCGUUGAACAAUGCUAGAAGCCUAAAGUUUUUCGUGCUUUUUUCAUCAUAUUCUACACACCAUCAAGCUUUUAGUAUGAACUUUGAAAGGUUAUCAGUUACAUUCUGGAGUGACAAUCUCAAUCUCAAUACUUUAUUGAUUUCAUCAAGCCCAAUUAUUGAAAUUCUAGGAAGAGAUAUCAAAGAAAAUGACAUAAACUUGUUCAUAAAGCAUUGGAUGCUCGGAAUUCUCAACUAUAAUCUGAAAUACUUGAACAUAGUGAAAGUAAAUCAGAAUUUGAAUGAAGAAGCAAUUCGCAUGGGGAUUCGAUGCGAGCAAAAGCCAAAAACCCUGAAAAGGAUUUUCAAGUUCAAGGAUCGAUAUCUGAGAACAAAAAAUGUUUACGGUGGCUAUGAUAUUCAAAGAAACGACGGAGUUCGAGCGACGAUUUCUCAUUCACUUGGAAAUUUUCAUUUCAUGGUUUGGGACUAAAACGUGUGUUGUUGGCGAAUAAAAGUUUAUGCAUA